ACCGGCGCAUGACCAACGGCCAUUUCGUCUUCCCCUGAGCUUAGGCCUAGGACUUCUGGGAGACUUUAUGAGCCAUCAUGUUCUCCAACCAGGGUGCUCGCAAGUCGGUCGAUAGUCUUUCGCCAAUACCCGAUGCCGGGCGGUUUGGCGACUUUCCUUUCCACGGGAGAGGCUCACGCAGUCCGAGCCGCCCGUUCCAUUCUCGACGGGAUUCGACCGCGGGCUCCAUACACUCCAUCGGUGGCUCUCUCGACAGUUCCACUGGUACCUGGGGUGACGCCGUCCUAGAGUCCGGUCAGAACGCCAUCUCGACCCUGCUCCAGCCGCCCAUAGUGCGAACCGGUCUCCUUCCGCAUACCUCAGCACCCGCUUCCACUGCGCAUAAGCCUCCGACUGCUCGAGACAUUCCACCUGUCACGCUCACCAAUGUCCCUCGCAUUGACAAUUCCGAAUUCACACAAUAUCUCACCCAAGUCGGCGCGUUAUACGAACAAUUACGACGGGUUCAGGCGGACGAAGAAGAGGCAUCUGGUACUCACAGCAGGCGAGGUAGCAAGGCGGACGCAGCCUCGGCCGAGGAUGGGCACCUGAGACCGGGCAAACGAUCUGGCGCAUCCAGGAGGGCAUCCAGCUCAUCCAUUACUUCCAUAUCAUCGAUAGAAGCUCCGGGUCCCGCUCGACGCAGCUCAAGCUACAGGAAAGCGGCAUCGCAGGGUCCUCCACCAUUAUCCACCAUUCCCGUGGUAUACUUCGACGAAGACUUUCACCUCGAGAACCCCCGAACUUUCGAUGUCGUUAGUGAGCGAUCCGAAGUGGUACGACCCGCGCCGGGAUCCGAUGACCGAGCGCACCACAAUGAGCAGGUCUCCGCGCCUCGGAAGGCUCUUGCAACAAAUGCCAUCUUGCAGGAGAAGCUGUCAUGGUAUAUGGACACCGUCGAAAUGCACCUUAUUCAGUCGAUUUCAACCGCGUCAACCACCUUUUUCACUGCGCUGGGGUCUCUUAGGGAACUGCAUUCAGAAGCCGCAGAUUCCGUGGACAGAAUCAAGACACUGAGGAGAGAGCUAGAAAAUUUGGAUGAGGAGAUUGCAACCAGGGGUUUGGAUAUCGUGCACCAACGGCGGAGACGGGAGAACAUCCAACAAUUGCACGAUGCAGUCAUGCAGCUUCGGGAAGUGGUUGAAGGAGUGGCUGUAUGCGAAUCGCUGGUAGAUUCGGGCGAGGUGGACGCAGCGCUUGACAACAUUGACGCUUUGGAAAAACUGAUUGCCGGAGAAGAGGGGGCUUCGCACAAUGGUCGUCCCGGGAUGGAGUUGAGAGAUCUCAGGGGCACCACUGGGCUUCAGGGUGUACACACCGACAUGAGGACUCUCCGGCAACGGAUCGGCAAAACCUACGAAGAGAGGUUUAUAACUCUCCUAAUACGUGACAUCCAGCGCCACGUUGCACACGUCUCAACCCAGGAGGUUCUGAUGCGGUGGAGCAGUGCUUCAAUACGUGCACGAGGAGGCCACAACCGCGAGCCCUCGAACCGCGAGCCCUCGGCUUUUCCCUCGUACCUGACAUCAACAGACGGUUUGCGAUCGGAACUUCUGGUUAGUCUGACUGGCUUACACAGGGCCAAGUUCCUUACAGCCGCUGCGACAGCUUAUAGAGAGACAGCUCUGCGUGAGAUCAAAAACCUCAUCCGCAGGCCUCUGCCAAGUUCGAACGAUGAUGAUAAUGAGUCUAUGAUGUCCGCAUCAACAAUGACAGGGGGCAAGCAACGCUCUCAACAGGAACGUUCCUCCACCCUGGCUCGGAACCUGCGUGCCUUGGAACCCCGGGACGCGGAGGGGCUGCUAAUCAAGAUCUACAUCGGAGUAACUGAAACACUAAGACGACUGGAUACACAAGCAAAGGUAUUGUUAGAUGUCGCAAGUUCUCUCGGCGACUCGGAUCCAACUAGUGGGCUCAGGUCUCCUCCACCUUUUAGCCCUACAGGCAGGCGUUUGUCGACGGCAGCCCUGGAGGCUCAAGAAGAGAUUCAUACAGCCCUCGAUCUUUCAAACCUUCUUGGGCAGGCCGUCGAUAUUGCUCAGGAUAAAGUCGUACGGCUAUUGAAAGUUAGGUCGGAACAGAGCACGCGUCUAACGCUUGAAUGGUUCCUUCGAUACUUCACUCUCAACCUCCAUUUUGCCAAUGAGUGCGAGGCCAUUUCAGGCCGAAGCGGGACAUCGUUGAAGAAUCUUGUCAAUGGUCACAUCAAGGAAUUUGUUCAGCGUCACGGCGACGCCGAGAAGCAGAAACUUGCCCAAGGCAUGGAGAGUGAUCAGUGGGCAAGUCAGGAUUUUACCGAAAAAGACACCGAGCUUCUCAACCGCAUAUUGGAAAUGAGCACACGAGAUGCGGCCAUCUGGGCAGAAGCAACCAAAAUUUGGAUUCCACCCUCCUAUGACGAGAAUGUUGGCAGCGUUGCUACUCCUGUCCUUGAAGCGCAGGCCAACGGUGACUCAGGAGACAAGGCCGCUGAAGCACAGGUGAACGGGGCUUCCAAGUCCAAGGCACGCGCUGCGGUCAUCGACUCUGAGACAUUCCUUCUCCCCAAGUCCGCGAUAUUGUGCAUGAAUGGCAUGGCUCAGUUUAUCCACCUUAUUGUCGGCAUUCCCUCCAUGACGGCCGAUGUGUCGUCCUCUCUCAUCGCUUACCUUCAGCUCUUCAACUCACGCUGCAAGCAACUCAUUCUAGGUGCAGGGGCACUCAUGUCCGCUGGACUCAAGAAUAUCACCACGCGCCAUCUUGCUGUAGCGUCGCAGGCACUAGCCUUCAUUGCCGCAACGAUCCCCCAUGUGCAUUUCGAUAAAGUCAGACGGGACUUCCAAGAGCACCAGAAUAUCAUCUACAAUAAACUAGUCGAGAUCAUGACUGGCCGAGCAGUUCUCGCCUCUAGGAAGAUGAGGGCAACCAACUGGGAUGCCGGGUCCCCAGCGGCGCACGAGUACAUGGAGACACUGGCCAAGGAAACCACCACGCUUCACCGCAACUUGACUAGACAGCUACCCGAGGGAACGGUGCGCAUGAUUAUGAUGCUCGUAUUCAAGAACUACAAAGACACCUUCGGCUCAACGUUUAAGGGAUUGGAGCCCACCACGGAGGCCGGGAAGGAGAGGCUAUCCAGCAUGCUGCGUGAUGUCGAAUACUUUGAUUCUCGCCUGAACAAGCUCGACGGGUUCGAGGAUGCGGGCCAGCACCUUAUCAACAUUGUCAAAGCCAAGGAGAUCAGGAAAGCCCCAUCUCGGCCCACAUCGCUCACCCCGUCCCAUCCUCCGUCUCGCGGUCCGUCCCGAGCUCCAUCCCCUGCGCUCGCUCCCGGUUCUCGUGCCGGAUCUCGCGCCGGGUCCCGCGCCGGAUCUCGAGCUGGAUCGCGGGCAGGAUCUCGUGCGCCAACACCAACACCAACUCAAACAUUAACGGGAAGAAGCUCCGCUGAAAUCAUAGCAGAAGUUAGUGCCGCUGCUGAAGCAGGUGGGUAUGGAAGGUAAUGUGAAAUGGGAAACGGUUGAGGACUAUGCGUUUAGAAGAAAAAAAGCAUUAAUACUGAUGAACAAGGCGUCUUACCCCAAAAUGUCGCGACUUGAAUGACCAAAGUUGCCG